AUGAAUGUCUCAGAAUCAGUGACAUUUUUUGUCAUAGAAGGACUUCAGGAAAAGAAACUGCUUAUGUUUACUAUUUUCCUUAUUGUGUAUAUUCUGGUUUUGUGUGGCAACAGCAUGAUCAUAUACCUUGUCAGAACAGACCCUAAACUAAAGUUUCCCAUGUAUUUCUUUCUUCACAACCUGUCCUUCUCUGACAUGGUGUAUACAAGCGUAACUAUCCCUAACAUGCUGUCAGGUCUAUUGAAGCAAGAGCAAACCAUCUCUCGAACUGGUUGCAUUUUGCAGAUGUACUUCUUUUUGUCUAUGGCCGUGACUGGUCGCGCAAUCCUUACAGUGAUGGCGUACGAUCGUUACGUGGCCGUCUGUAACCCGUUGCGAUACGCCACAAUCAUGACCAGGAAAGUCUGCAUCAUACUGGUGGUUGCAGCGUGGUGUUACGGCUACUGUGUCACGUUUCCGGCACUUUCUCUGUUCGUCCCUCUUCCUUUCUGCGGUCCCAACAGGGUGAAGCACGUCUUCUGCGACCACUGCUCCGUCAUUAGGCUGUCCUGCUCCAGCACCAAAUUAAACAGCAUUGUGGCUCUCACCAUGGCCACGUUCGUGCUGCUGGGCACGUUCUGCCUAAUCCUGACCUCGUACAUUAAAAUCGGCAUAGCUGUACACGGCAUGAGCAGGGCGGAGAAGCUCAGGGCCUUCGCCACGUGUGCGUCUCACAUGACGGUGGUCUGCAUCUCGUACGGGUCGGCCACGUGCGUGUACGUCUCGUAUUCCCUGUUCACGUUCUCUGCUGACACGCGUAUGAUUGUGGCCGUGCUGUACUCUGUUCUGACGCCUCUCCUGAAUCCCAUCAUAUACACCCUGAGAAACAAGGAACUUUGGGAGGCAAUAAAGAGAGCUCUGUGUAGACGCCCCUUCAUGGGUGACACUCACAAGAAAACAGUGUUUUCUACACACUGA